GCGGGAGCUACUUCCAUGUGGGCUUCCUGCUGCGGGCUGCUGAAUGAAGUCAUGGGCACGGGGGCAGUGCGUGGCCAGCAGGCUGGCUUUGGGGGAGGUGCUGGUCCCUUCAGGUUCACACCAAGCACGGGCUUCUCAGCUUAUCCAGCUCCUGCUGCAGCCAGCACCAACAUCGUCUGCAAGGCCUGUGGACUUUCCUUCUCAGUUUUCAGGAAAAAACACGUGUGCUGUGACUGCAAAAAGGAUUUUUGCUCAGUUUGUUCAGUCCUACAAGAGAAUCUCAGGAGAUGUUCCACCUGUCACCUGCUGCAAGAAACGGCCUUCCAGCGGCCUCAGCUGAUGAGACUGAAAGUGAAGGAUCUGCGGCAGUACCUGCUCCUCAGGAACAUCCCCACGGACACCUGCAGGGAGAAGGAGGACCUGGUGGAGCUGGUGCUGUGCCACCACGGGCUGGGGACAGCCACCCCUUCUCCGGCUCCGUGGCCAGCCCAGGAGAGCUGCCCAGCAGGAGGGGCAGCACGGGGAGUGCAGCACCUGCACGGGGACAAACUGAAACAUCUGUAAAUAAUGAAGAAGAAGAAAGUGCAGAAGAGCAGACCCCGGGGCUGGGCAGGAAGAGAGCCAGGGCCUCCCUGUCCGACAUCUCCAGCCUGGAGGACAUCGAAGGGAUGAGCGUGCGGCAGCUGAAGGAAAUCCUCGCCUGCAACUUUGUCAACUACUCAGGAUGCUGUGAAAAAUGGGAGCUUGUGGAAAAAGUGAGCAGACUGUACAGAGAGAAUGAGGAGAACCACAAGACACAGGGGGAGAGGAUGCAGCUGAACGAGGACGACGACAGCCUGUGCCGGAUCUGCAUGGACGCCGUAAUCGACUGCGUGCUGCUGGAGUGCGGCCACAUGGUCACCUGCACCAAGUGCGGCAAGAGGAUGAGCGAGUGCCCCAUCUGCCGGCAGUACGUCGUGCGGGCCGUGCACGUCUUCAAAUCCUAACGCAGCCCUCCCCCGUGCCCCGGGCAGGGCUCCUGUGGGCAGGGCUCCUGUGGGCAGGGCUGAGCGCUGCGCCCUGGGCGCUGCAGCUUUCUCGUGUUGGUUAAACUCGGCCUUUUCAACAUCCUCAUGUAGAAGUUGGUGAAAGGUUUUCCAAGCAGCUCCUGCAGCGCAGGGCUGGGCAGGCCCAGGUGCUGCCCCACUGACCUUACAGCCCCACAGAUUGUUGGAGUCAAACUGUUUACAGCAGUUCUUGCUCUCUUCUGAAGAAUCUCACCUGUCCUUAUGCAUUCAGCACUCGGCAAGUGGUCAGCAAACACCUCUGCUUGAGCCUGUUAGCCUGUGGUGUUGUCUAGUGCAUUAGAAGCAAUGAAUAUAUCAGUUGAUGAUUCAGCUUUUCCCUAACGAUAGAAUGUAUCUGUUCGAGGGCCCGGCUGCCCGCUGGCUCGGACACAGCUUAGGAAGCACUGCCAUGAACUGUUCCCGCACUGAAGCCCUUAAGCAAUCUUGCUUUGUGCUGAUUGCUCCCUCUGAAUGUCUGUCAUGACACGUGUGCUGUCUUGGCUGUUCUCUGUCAGUGUACAAAGCACUCCAUCACUCUGCAGGGCUCAGGGGCCACGCUGGGCUCUGCCUGGUGGCCUCCAAAAACCAGUAACUGAGUGGUUUUUAGUUUAGGAAUAAACUAUUUUUGUAAGAAAGGUUACUCUGGUAAACCAUGUUAGCGUGGUCCUUAAUCCGCUCAUGCCUGUUGUAACUAUGAACCUGUGAUGAUUGUACUCCAUGUGCCGACAGCCUGAUGUUACUGUGAAUCCUGCCCAGGGGCGCCAGCUCCGUGCUGCUAACGUGGAAUGUACAGCGUUCCUGACCUUAACUGGGGAGGGGAGGCAGGAGCAGGGUCAGCUUUUGUUUCAAUUCUCUGUUCAUGGACUUUCACCCAAAGCCAAGUCACCCAAACCAGCAUCCCAGUAUUGCUGCCAGCCCUGGGCCCAGGGUCAGGCUGAGCUUUGUGCCAUGAGCUGGGGCCCAGCUCCUCUCAGAGCAGGAGCUGUGGGAUGGCUGUGAGCAGUGACCUGGGGGAGGGAGCAGCAAGAGGAGGAGCCUUGGACCAAGCAUGGCCACGACUGGGAUUGGUGGAACUCACUGUAAAAAAGAGGUGAGGAAGGACCGUGUGUGUCCAGUUACUCUUUAAGCAGAGUUGGUUAAAUGUACAGUUUCUUCUUUGAUUUCCCAUGUGGCAGCAAAGUUCCAGAGCCAAGGCUGUGCUGGCUGAGGGUGCAGGACCUGAGAACUGGACCUGUGCUGCACUGGCACCUGCUCUUAUUUUUGUGAAUCCUUAAGCUGGUUUGGAAGAGAGAAAGCAGCUCCUCCUCACACAAAACACAGCUCCAAGCUCUACUGGGUAUUUUUCAGAAGGGAGCAAACCUCUCAAUGGCUUUAUUUUUUAGAAGUAACUUUUUAAAGGUACUUAAUUCCUGGAGUCUGUCCAGAGGGGAGGCUAAUGAAGACAGACAUGCCCUCGGUGUUAUUUCCAUGCUGCUCAUUAGCACUCGGACUCAAUAAAGAUGGGUGAUGGGCUCUCUCA